CGAACCCGGAAAUUCUGUGUUAAUCAAAUGGCAACACUGCCACAGGAAAUUUAGACGCGAAAAUGAGUGACCAGACACAGCGUGGUACGACACCGAGCAAAAUUCGAACUGUGUUUAACCACUUUGAUAUUGACGGGGAUGGAUUUAUAACGAUAAGCGAACUCAAAAGAAGGACUGCGACGAAAAAAUAUGAAGUUCACGGAGGAGGAGGUGUACGCGUUCAUGAGGGAGGUUGAUACUGAUGGAGAUUCUAGAAUCGAUUUCAACGAGUUCACAGUCUACUGGAUUGGCAAACAGCAACUCGCUUCAUCACAACAAAGGUCUGCGAAGAGUGUCUUGUUUCCCAAGCAUGAAACAAGUCCAAAAGUGUCCACACUUCGGUCUCAAUUUGCCGAACUUGACGCAGACGGUAACGGGUACAUUUCGUUAAAUGAACUGAAGCUGGCGCUAGUCAAGAAGACUGGAACAUACACCGAUGAAGAGGUGCACAAAAUUAUGGUAGAAGCGGACGAGGAUGGAGACGGCAAGAUCAGUUUUGACGAAUACGUUGUAAUGAUGGUUAAAGCUUACUGGGAGUCGCCGUGAAUGAUGUGUAGUCUUAUAAAUAUAAUCGACAACGCUCACUUAAAUAGU